AUGCACCUUUCUGUUCCAGUCCUCACCAUAGCCUUGAUUGCUAGCGGUGCCAUCCCCGUUGUCCAGGGAGCUUUGCCCAAAGCUAACGAAUACAAGUCAUCGGAUUGUUCUGGCGCACUCAACUAUGGCCACCACUCGGCCCUGCUGAAGGAUGUCACCAUGGAUGACACGACCCACUCUGUCUACCUUGCGGGUGCUAACUGGGUGGGCUUCUCUGACAAAACUGGCAACGGCGGCAGCUGCAGUGGGUCAGCUUUGACUGUGCUGCAGGGGGAAUGUAAUAAUCUCGACACAGCUCACCCAGGGAAGCGAAUCAAGUGCGUCAGGAACAUUGAUUGA